UUUCCUGUUUAGCCAUUUUACACGUGAAUCACAACUGCAGUCAAUUACCAGUCAAUUGACCGCCGAUUGUCAUCAAAGACCCGAUAAAAAUGGUUGUCCAACCACUCUAUAGACCGCAUAUUAUCAAGAAGCGAACCAAACGGUUCCGCCGCCACCAAUCGGAUCGCUAUAAGAAACUAACACCCAAUUGGAGAAAACCUAAGGGUAUUGACAACAGAGUUCGCCGACGAUUUAAGGGUCAGAUAUUGAUGCCGAAGAUUGGUUACGGAUCAGACAAAAGGACACGUCAUAUGUUGCCCAACGGCUUCCGAAAAGUUUUGGUUCAUAAUGUAAAGGAACUGGAAGUGUUGAUGAUGACCAAUAGAAGAUACUGUGCUGAGAUCGCUCACGCCGUGUCGUCCCGUAAGCGCAAAAGUAUCGUCGAAAGGGCCAAACAGUUGGCCAUUCGGUUGACAAAUCCGAACGCAAGAAUCCGUAGCGAAGAAAAUGAAUAAAUUAAUUUGUCUUUUGAUUAUUUUGAUUAUUAAGUAAAAGUUGAAUAAAAAGUGUUUAAUUAAA